AUGAAUAUCAGACCAGCAUCGAAGGCCGGCUCAUGGUAUGAGAGCGACCCAGAAAUCUUGGCUGGAGAACUCGAUGAGUAUCUUGCAAAGGUUCCAGAGAAUGUCGAUGGCUAUUCGCUGCCAAUACCAGGGGCCCGAAUCAUUAUUGCGCCACACGCCGGAUAUGCCUACUCGGGACCAAAUGCCGCUUGGGCUUAUAGCUGUUUGGAUCUCAGCAAGGCGAAGCGGGUAUUUAUCCUGGGGCCGUCUCAUACUUACGGCUUCUCAGGCUGUGCUGUCACAACAUUUUCACGAUAUUCCACGCCCCUCGGUGACUUUAAUGUGGACAGGGACACCAUUGAGCGUGUAAAGGAAGCUGGAGGGAUGAAAAAUGCACCGCCUAGGAACGACGUCGCGGAGCAUUCUCUAGAAAUGCACUUGCCGUAUCUUUACAAACGAUGUCAACAAACCUUCAAGUCGCCAGAAGAAUUCCCGACGGUGGUUCCCAUCAUUGUUGGAAGUACUAGCAGAGAAGAUGAGAAGCAUACUGGCCGGCUGCUUCUAUCCUAUCUCAAGGAUGAAGAAAAUGCCUUCAUCAUCAGCUCAGACUUUUGCCACUGGGGAACACGAUUUGACUAUGCUGUCCCAAAGCCAUCAGGACCGCCCAUUUACGAAACCAUUCGUCUGCUCGAUGAAGCGGCUAUGGAUGCCGUCAAGAGCGGCAGUCAUGACGCCUUUGUCGAUAACCUGAGACAUACCGGAAAUACAGUAUGUGGGAGACAUCCAAUUGGUGUUGCGAUGGCUGCCCUCGAGCUCUACGCCAAAGAGCUCGACGACGAAAACAAGAGCCGCUUCAAAGUUGUGAAAUAUGACCGUAGCAGUGAAGUUAUAUGGCCGGAUGACUCGAGCGUCAGCUAUGUUUCUGCUUAUGCAGUUUUGUGA